ACAGGUCACAAACCAACCUGUAAUCUUUUUAUCAAAGUUGUUGAAACUUCCAAGUACCCAAGUUUCAACUUUGAGUAUUAAAAUUAAACUGGUAGGAUUGUUCAGAAAAUUUCAAAGUUCCGAAGCUAGUUAAUUUUUAAAAAUGAAGUAGGGAAAUCUGUUUUUAAAAAGGUAUAAUAUUUUGUUUAUAUAUUGGAAUAAUUUUCUGCAGUAAUUUGAAAAAUCAACAUGAACGUUUCGUCUAGUCAGUCAUCCGACAGUACUUCUACUGCUAGUUCCACUCAGGAGUUCUCCAUUAGAGUCCCCAAGAACCAGAAAAAAAAAUUCAACAUUAUGCGGUUCAAUAGUAAUCUCAACGUAGACUUCUCCGAAUGGAAGCAGGUGAAAAUGGAACGUGAAAACAACCGUGGAGAAAAACACGCUAGCGAAGAAAUGCCUAAGUACGGCGCUGGUAGCGAAUUCAGACGUGAGGAAAAAGAAGAAGCCAGAAAGAAGAAGUUUGGCUACACUUCUAGAACUUAUAACCCAGACGAUCAACCAUGGAUAUUGAAAUGCGGAGGAAAAACUGGCAAAAAGUUUCGUGGUAUACGAGAAGGAGGUGUUGGAGAAAAUGCAGCGUAUUAUGUGUUCACUCAAGGUAACGAUGGCUCUAUCGAAGCGUAUCCUGUUUCAGAAUGGUAUAAUUUUCAGCCCGUUCAAAGAUUUAAAGCAUUAUCAGCCGAAGAAGCUGAACAGGAGUUUGGAAAGAGAAACCGUAGUUUGAAUUAUUUCUCGUUAAUGAUGCGUAAAAAAUGCCGUAAAGAUGAAGACGAUGAGAUAGAUGAAGAGGGCAGUAGUAAGAAAAACAAAGGCAGAGGUAGAGAUUUCAAAAUUUCUGAUAUCGAUGAUUGGGUUGAAUCGGACGAUGACGACGACAACGAUAGCGAAGAUGACGAUCCCGAAAAUAAAGAAAGCAAAAAGAAGAAGAAAGAAACAGCCAAGAAAAAAGCUACUCAAAAAAAGAAAAAAACAAAUACCGACGAAUCUGCCGGUGAAGAAAGCGAUGACGGUGACGAAGAAGGUCGAGAACUCGAUUAUAUUUCAGAUUCUUCUGAAAGUAUUUCCGAUCACGAAGCCAAAAUUGAUAAAGAAAUGAAAGGUGUAUCGGAUGAAAGUGCUUUACGUAAAUUACUCACCUCUGAUGAAGAGGAAGAAGAAGAAGAGGAAGCUAAGAAAAGUGGUGAUGAAGGAAAUAAAAGCGAACAAGAAGAACCAGCAGCUGCCGAAGAAACACCCCAACCUGCCAGUAGCUCUAAAAAGAAACGUAAAAGAGAACCUGCUCCAACGAAACCUAGCACUAGUGACCCUCCUAUUAAAAAUGAAGAUACGUCAUCAGAUUUUAGUGCAGAUAGCUCCGAUUCUGAAGGAGAAAAGACAAAAAAAGCUGACGUUUCAAUUGAUGGAGCUUCGGUUUCAUUAAACGACUCAUUAGAUGGUCCGGAAUCUCUUACCAAGAAACCACGUCUUGAAACUCCUGGCGAGGUUGGUAUUUCCGAAGAAGCAGUCCGCAGAUAUCUUACGAGAAAACCGAUGACAGCGAAGGAGUUGCUGCAAAAAUUCAAGAAACCGAAAACAACUCUGACUUCAGAACAGUUGGUUAUUGUUAUGACUCAAAUAUUGAAAAAGAUAAAUCCUGUUAAGCAAACUAUUAAGAAUAAAAUGUAUUUAUCUCUCAAACCGGAGAAUCCGAAGCCUAAACCUUGAUCUUUCAUUUUUGUAUUAUUUGAAGUAAUUGAAUUAUCGCGUAAUUUUUUCUCUUCUUGAUUUAGAUAAAUUAUCUAUUUUAUUACAAUUUUUCUAUUUAAAUAUAUUAAUUUGCAAUCGUU